GGGCCGUGGCAUUGCCCAUGUUUUUAUUUUGUGUAGGUGUGGCCGAGCAAAUGAUUCAUGGCCCCUGGUAGCGUUGGGUAGGUGAGAGCGUUUCAGACUGGGUCUUCUUUGAUUUACCAUUUGUUCUGUAAGCAGUGCACAGGAAUAGUGUUUGAUUUAUGACAUCAACAGCCUGAUAAUAUCGAUCUGCUGCCUGAAACAUCUGGAAAGACUAAAUGGACUUUAAAACAGUUCACAAUCAGAAAUAAACAAACUGAAACGUGUGGUAUUUCGAUGAAGCAGCUUGCUGUUCUUUGUCUGUCUGGAUUGGAAAUAUUCACCUUUAACACCUGAUGAGGCUGGACUUCGGAGGCUGAGAAAGAGUCAUAGGCGCUCAUCUUCAGCCAGCCGGACGCCAGCAUUGUACCGAGACCAUGACAGAGCCUAAGGUGCCUUUGCCAGUGGCUGGCGUAACGUGGGCGCGGGUGUGCAAGGAAUGUGGGCAGUACCACGAAGGUCAUGACAGUCACUUGUUUGAAUACCAGGAUGAGGUGGAUGAUGAACUGGUGUGCCACAUUUGCCUCCAGCCUCUUUUGCAGCCAAUGGACACGCCGUGCGGCCACACAUACUGCUUCCAGUGCCUCAGCAACUUUCUCCACGAUCAAGACUUUUGCCCCGUAGACCGCCAGCGGCUUCAGUUACAGCAUUGCCGUACGUCUAGCCUCCUGGUGCGCAACCUGCUGGACAAACUCACCGUGAUGUGCCCGUUUCGCAGCGAGUGCCAGCAUAGCAUGCAGCGUUGUGAAUUGCAGCCCCAUCUGCACAACAGAUGUCCUGCAUUCAGACGGCUCAGGGAGGAGGCAGAAAAAAGGAAGAGACCAUCCUGGAACGAGUUAAAGGGAAGCAAAUCAGAUGGAGAUUUAGCUGAUACAAAAUCCACGCCAAUCUCACGCACCACUCAACCUUCUGGACCCACAGAACCUGGCUUGGUCAAUCCCGCCUAUGAGGAGGGGGAAGACGAUACCCCUCUGAGGUCCAGUCUUGUAGCAGAGGCGACCGUGGUUGAGCUGAUUCGAGAGGAUCCAGAGGAGGGUUUGGGAUUGCGUAUAGUUGGAGGGAAGGACUCGCCCUUGGGUAACAUCGUCAUCCAGGAGAUUGUGCGUGAUUCACUGGCUGCUCGAGAUGGCAAGCUGGCCCCGGGAGAUCACAUUCUAGAGGUUAAUGACGUCAGUCUGGCAUCUGUACCCCACAGUCGUGCCAUCUCUGUACUGCGGCUGUCGGGUUCUCGCCUCAGGCUGACCGUCAUGCAGGAAAAGGGCUUCAAGCCCCGUCCCGAACAUCUCGCACAACCCUCAGCCUCACCCCCGACACAGCCAGCUAAUCCCAACCAGAACCCUGGCACCGUCAUACAAGUCACCCUGGUAAAGCGUGACCGCUCUGAACCACUGGGCAUCAAACUCAUCAGAAAGUCUGAGGAGCCAGGGGUCUUCAUCCUGGACUUGCUACCUGGAGGCCUGGCUGCCAAAGAUGGGAAACUGCGGAACAAUGACAAGGUGCUGGGCAUAAAUGGACAUGACUUGAGACACGGUACCCCUGAGAGCGCUGCUACAAUCAUACAGGCAAGUGAAAUGAGGGUGAACUUUGUAGUGAUGAGGUGUCCUGAUCCCGCUGAGGAGGGGGGUGAGGGACAGAGCAGAGGAGCCAGGAGGGUCCCCGAGCAACAGUACUUCAGACGACGCUCCACCUUUACGAAGGAGCCUCCAGGUGGCUUUUCCAGUCAAGAAAAAACAGUGACUCUGAAAAAGGAACCUCGACACUCUCUAGGCAUCACCAUUGCAGGUGGGAGAGACGGUCGCAGCCGUUUGCCCGUCUAUAUCACCAGUGUGCAGCCGGUGGGCUGCCUACACAGAGAUGGCACCAUUAAAACAGGUGAUAUAUUGCUGAGUAUAAAUGGUAUUGACUUGACCCAGCUGACCUACAAUGAGGCGGUGACAAUCCUAAAAACCCAGGCCGCUCAGAGUACCGUGACACUGCGAGUCAUUCAAACCUUCACUGAUGAGGAAGAACAGGAUGGAGAGUCCAGCAGCAGGGAAGACAUGGACACGCAGGAGGGGACCAAAGAGGAUGAUAUUAACUGGGUUCCUCUCUGGACCCGCUGGCUAGGCCUGCCCAGCUACAUGCACUGGUGUCGUGAUAUCAUGCUGAUGAAGACCAACUGUGAGAGCUGGGGCUUCAGUAUCGUCGGGGGGUAUGAGGAGAGCCGUGGCCAGCAGCCCUUCUUCAUUAAGACCAUAGUGCCUGGAACACCAGCCCAUUUUGAUGGCCGUCUCAAUUGUGGUGAUGAAAUCGUGGCUGUAAAUGGACUCACUACAGUCGGCAUGAAUAACUCCUCCCUGAUCCCCAUGCUGAAACUGCAGAAGAACAAAGUCACAUUGACCGUGGUCUCGUGGCCGGGCAGUUUGGUUUAACACUUGCCUAUUAUCGUACAACUUUUACUUUUUCUACCACAAACUGGAUGCACAGAUCUAUUAUAAUAGAAAAAUCUAUUAUUUUUGUCCUUCCUUAAGAACAGGUUGAACUUAAAUCAGGGACCAUAGCUAAUAAUCUUUGAUCCAGAUUUAAAGCCACACAGGAAGGUUAUUAUUUAAUCCACCGCACUAUAGAGGUAGUAGUGUUUCACAGGUAUUUAAUGUUCUCUGCUUAGCUGUAAUGAUGCAGGAUGUUGACUUAGGGGAAAUAUUAAUCUCCUGUUUGAACAAGUUUUAAAUUGAGACAUUUUAACUUUGAACCAGCUUUCUGUCUGGGACAUUUUUUUUAGAAUGGAACAUUUAAGACUGUAUUUACAUAUAUUAACAUUAAGAAUCUUGUAGAUGGUUUAUGAAUGACUUCAAAUGGUCAGUUAUGUGUCAUUUUGACACUGUGUUCAAUUUGGCUGGAUUGAUGCUGUUAUGUGUUCGGAGCGUAUUUACACUAGUGUAAAAUUGUGUAGUUGCUGUUGGGGAAUUAGGAUGGGCCGUUUUCUAAACCCACAGCUUGGCUUGUAUAAAAUAUUUCUUGGAAUUUUUCUCUUGGGUGCCUUGCAUAUAAAUAUGUACAAACGCACACUGAUCCACCCUUGCCUUAAUUGCCUGUAUACCAAAAAUUCCAUCUUCCAAUCUUUUAAUCCUUUUUCUGAAUAUUUUUGAGACCUGUUCGUUAUACAUUUCAGUGAUUUGAUGUGCUCUCUUCGGAAUAGCAUAGCAGUGGAAAAGUGUUGCAAUGAUGAAAGAAUAAAGACUCAGUUUUAUGCCA